UAUAGUUGCUAAUAUGGAAUUGCAAUCUGCAUUUAUAACAAUGUUUAUUUUAUUUUUUGUUUUCUCUCUCUCUUUCAGAUAUCUUGUCACUGGAGACUCCUUCCGGACCAUCGACAGCAGCUUCCGUGUUGGUGUCUCCACAGUCUUCAAGGUUGUCCCAGACGUGGUGACUGCAAUCUGGGACUGCUUAGUGGAGGAGUUCAUGGCUGUGCCCUCCACAGAUGAAUGGAGGUCCAUUGCAGAGGGUUUUGAGAAGAGGUGGAACUUCCCGCUCUGCUGUGGAGCACUGGACGGCAAGCACGUCCUGAUAAAGGCACCCCCCAACACCGGAUCCCAGUUCCACAACUACAAGGGAACUUUUUCCUUAGUUCUCCUUGCUGUUGUGGAUGCAAGGUAUUGCUUCCGGGUGAUUGAUGUCGGGGAAUAUGGGUGGACGAGCGAUGGUGGGACUCUGGCCAACUCAGCCUUUGGCCAGGCACUCCAUGGUGGCACCCUCCAUCUGCCACCUGACCGUCCUCUCCCAGGAGCUGACCACAGAGGACCCCAACCCCAUGUCUUUGUGGCAGAUGAGGCCUUUCCCCUCAGGAAAAACCUCAUGAGGCCAUUCCCUGGGCGCACCCUUCCCCGAGAGAGACGGGUCUUUAAUUACUGUCUCUCCAGAGCCCGGCUGGUGGUGGAGAACGCCUUCGGGAUCCUGUCCUCACAGUGGAGGAUGUAUCACCGCCUCAUAGAGGUUCAGCCUGAUGUUGUGGAGAGGUGUGUGAAGGCAACGUGUGUCCUCCACAACUUUAUGAGGAGAUCUGCAGAGGCACCUGCUGUGAGGGGGGCGGUGCCAGGUGCAGAGGACUCACUGCAGAGUCUCGGUCGGGUUGCAGCAAAUAAUUCUGCCAGAGAGGCCAUUCGGGUCUGGGACAGCUUCAUGGCUCACUUUUCAGCCGAGGGUGCAGUCCCGUGGCAACCGACUGAAUAGUUUUUGUUUAUUAUAUCCUGUGCUGUUUAUGUCCUUUAUGUUCAGCUCUUGUAAAUAUCCCAUCCUUUUGUCUUUUCUUUUGAUUUACACCCUUUAUAUAUUGUAAAUAAUCAUAUCUUUUCAAUCUCUCUUGUAAAUAUUAUCUUUUUUCAUCCUUAACUCUUGUAAAUCUUUCAUCAUGUUUCAAUCAUUUUUUGUUCAAGUUUAGAUUGUUAUAGUUUUCUUGUUCAAAAUCCGUGUCUCGUUGCUGCAUUCUCAUUACACUAUACCACAA